AUGUUGUUCCCAACACCACGAACACCAUGUGCAAACGCCCAGCACAUGUCAGCAACUGCUGACGUGGCUCAGAUGAAUACAGACGAUGGACGAGAGCAGGAGAAGGCAUACAUCUUGAAGGGGCUCAGUAUUAUUAACACUUGGGCCCCUACCAUUUUUCUCCUCAUCCUCCUCGUAUCAGCCCUUGCAUCAUACCCUUACCCCGACCUCACCCUUGUUAUCCUCGUCAUCCUCGCAUUCCCUUUCGCUCUCUACCUGUCGCUUCAGCAGAGCCAGUACAUCUGGCCGGAUCCUUUCGCUGACGAAGCAUACCCAUGCUCCGUUCCACCACCUGACUGA